AUGGAAGAGGAGAAUGAAAAGUGGAAAAAGGCAGUUGUGAUAUAUGUCAUUGGAGCGGCACCAUCAAUUGGGACCAUAGAGAGAUUCAUAGCCUCGAAUUGGAAUUUUGCUGCGAAACCCAGAAUAUUCUAUCAUAAUGAGGGCUACUUUGUGGUACUGUUCCAUACAAUUGAGGACAAGAAUGAAGUGCUGUACACAGGACCACACACAAUAGGUAACAAACCUAUUAUUCUUAAAUCAUGGACUGCAGAGUUUAAUUUCUAUGAUGAAGUGUUGAAAGAAAUUCCAUUAUGGGUGAGUUUUCCAAAUUUGCCAUUGAAUUGCUGGGGGAAGAUCACACUAAGUAGGAUAGCAAGCACGUUAGGUUGUCCAAUCUAUGCUGAUGAAUGUACCUCGAGUGCAGCCAAAAUUUCGUAUGCUAGGGUGCUUAUAGAGAUGGACAUAUCUAAAGAGCUUCCUACGAGUGUUGUGGUUCAGGAUCCAAUGGGGAAGAGUUUUGAACAGAAAGUUGAGUAUGACUGGGUACCAACCUACUGCCAAAAAUAUUGUACGGUUGGACAUGACUGUAGCAAUAUGAAGGGGUAUGGGGAGCCACAAGAUAGACCUCAGGGGUAUGAACAACAAAAGUACCAAAGACCACCACAAAAGAAAGGUGGUCAGCUACAACAUACUAAGAUGCAGAAGCCUGUAGUUCAAUGGGUAGCAAAGGAGCCAAGUAAACAAAAUGAGGGGGAAAAAGGGAAUCAAAGCCAACAGGAACAUAAUGAUAAAGGGGAAAAGGAUAAAGAAGCAUGGCAAAAAGCAAGUGGAAGAGGUUCUCAUAGCAAGCAGAGCAAUCAACAACAAGUGGUUCGAAAAAUUACAAAUGGAUUCACUCCUUUGAGGGAGGAUACAAUGCUGGAACAAAACAGUUGGGCAGAUAAAGUAGAAGAGCAGGAGAGGAUGCAGGAGAAUACAGGGCAGGAGCCUCAAAAAAUCACAUCAGCAUGA